CGGCCGCGAGGGACCGAGCGUGGUAGUGGAGGGGGAAAAAUCCCUCGCGUGGGAUUCUGGCAACACUGCUCCCUGUUGCUAACAGGACCAGUACCCACCACCCAGGCCGUAAUUGUAGAAUAUUUGCAAUCUUUAUAAGCAACGAACGUACAAUGGACAACAGAUCGUUAGGUCAAACGUUACCACCAACAUACGUGGAAGGUUUUCAUGAUUUAGAAUCUGUCAAAGCAAUGAAAUAUGAACUGCUUGGAGAAACCAAUUUAUGGAUUAGCAAAUUAUCUCUUGGUGGUGCACCAUUUGGAAGUCAUUAUGGUGAUUUUAAUGAACAUGAGGCCAUUGAAAGUAUAAGACACGCUAUAAAACAAGGCAUUAAUUAUAUUGACACUGGACCAUGGUAUGGACAAGGACGUUCAGAAACAAUAAUUGGCAAAGCCUUGAAAGGAAUCCCUCGCCAAGCUUAUUAUAUUGCAACGAAAAUUGGCAGAUAUGAAUCAGAUUAUGAAAAAAUGUUUGACUUUACUGUUGAAAAGACCUCAAAAAGUUUAUCAAAAAGUCUGGAACUUUUGGGAUUAGAGUAUGUUGAUGUUAUUCAGGUUCAUGACAUUGAAUUUGCUCCUUCAUUGGACAUUAUUACAACACAAACAUUACCGCUGUUAUCUCAAAAAGUCAGUGAAGGAAAAGCAAAUUACAUCGGUAUCACUGGUUACCCAAUAUCUAUACUAAAAGAAUGUAUUGAAAAAAGUAAUGUGAAGAUUGCCUGUAUUUUGACCUACACUCGAUUUACACUAAUAGAUGACACAUUGCAGCAGUUUCUUCCAUUCUUCAAAAAACGCAACAUUGGUGUUAUAAAUGCUUCUGCUCCCUGCAUGAGACUUCUUACGAAUGAAGGUCCACCGGAAUGGCACCCAGCCAGUAAUGAUACAAAAAUAAAAUGUUCCGAAGCUGCUCAAUAUUGCAAGGACCGUGGCGUUGAAUUAGGCAAACUGGCAUUAUGGCAUUCAUUACAGUGCAAUGACAUUGCAACCAACUUAGUCGGAAUGCAAACUCAACAGCAGUUGAAUAUGAACCUUGACCUGUAUCGAAACGGAAUCACUGAUGAAGAGAAGAAUAUACUACAUGAAAUACAAGAAAAAUAUCUAUCAAAAGUGGUGGACAAGCAUUGGGAAGGUAAAGAGCUUCAAACAUAUUGGAGUGCUAUGAAAAAAUAAGAAAAUGUAUUUGUACACUGAAAGGUGUAAUAUAUUAAAUCUACUUAUAUCAAAAAUACAAACAUGAAUAUCGUGAUCAAAUAGCAUCCAUAAAAGUAAUUAUAUCUAAAACUGUUAUUGUUAUUCAUACAAAAUAUAUAUUAUAUUUUCAUAUUGGAGUAUAAGUAAGUCUUAACAUUACAUUAAGUUCGGUUUGUCACUGAACAGUUUACAAUUUAUACAGACAUUAACACAUUGAAUAAACUAACUUACUAAUUUAA